GGGCUUAUGAUAACCCUCAUCAUCGUCACAUCCUUUUCUAUUCGCAUCCUUCGAUAAUAAAAAACCUCUCAUCCUUACUCUUCUCCCAGAAUUCCACGCCUUCAAUAUAAUUCCCCCCUCCCCUUUUCUCUUUCUUUCUUUUUGUUUCUUUCAUUCUCUUCUUCAAUUCCACCAGCCUCCUUUUACUUUUCUCUUCAAUUCCCUCUACUUUUUCCCUCUCUCUGUCUAAUUUGUCUCCUUGAGAAUUGAGAUAUAUCAUGCUUUACUUUAUCCUAUUAUACUAUUACUACUACCUAAGAUACUUUUAAAAUAAAUUUCAUCAAACCUAGCUCUAGCUAGUCAACCUCUCAUGUUUUGCUCAUGACUUUUGUUUCAAUUUAAACCAACACCCUUCCUUCUUCUUUCCCUGUCUUAAUUCUCUCUCUCUCUUUCUCUCUCUCUUUCUUUCUGUCUCUAUUGUUCCAUCUCUUUCUCCUGAAUCUUGCCAAAUUCCUUGUGUUCAGCUCCCCCUCCCUUAAAAGUCACCCCAUUUCAUUUCAUUCCCCCUUCCCUUCCCUCCUCUCUUUUUACUUUUUUUAACCACUACCAAACAUCACGUACAUGCCGGCCUUUUCUUACUUUUAACCUUGAUUGAACAACUGAUAGCCUUGAUCUUACUCAAAAGAUUAUUACCUCCAUUUCUUAGUUUUCCAAAUAAAGAUUAAGAAAAAUGUGGAUGAUGGGUUACAACGACGGGGGAGAUUUUAACAUGCCGGAUUCAUUCAAUGGCAGAAAACUCCGUCCACUAAUGCCAAGAGUACCUCAUCCUCCUAAUCCUACUGCUAAUCCUACUAAUUGCUUAAGAAGCAUUCAUGGUGACAACUUUAUUGCACUUAAUCAUCAUCAACUUGCUAUGAGUGAGCAAAAUAAGAGAGAUUUCCAUACGCAACAAUUAGUUGUGAGCUCACGUUGGAAUCCAACUCCAGAACAACUACAAACGCUGGAGGAGUUAUAUCGUCGUGGCACGAGAACUCCUUCAGCUGAACAGAUUCAGCACAUCACUGCACAACUUCGACGUUAUGGGAAAAUUGAAGGGAAGAAUGUUUUUUACUGGUUUCAAAAUCACAAGGCGAGAGAACGUCAAAAACGACGUCGUCAACUUGAAUCAGCUGCUAAUGGUGCUGCUGGUGGUGGUGAUGAUCAGUCUCAUAGUAAUUGUAACGCUGAAAACACCGAAAGGAAAGAAUCAGGGGCAAAUAGGACAGUUUUUGAAAUUGAACAGACCAAGCACUGGCCAUGCCCAACAAACUGCAGUACUAUUCCAGAGAAAACUGCAGCAACAACAAAGGCAAUGGCAGCAGCAGCAGCAGGUGGUGUGGCAGAAUCAUGUAGAGCAGCAGCAGAAAAAUGGAUACCAUUCGAUGAAGGUGAACAAAGAAGGAGCCUAUUAGCAGAAAGGAAUGCCACGUGGCAGAUGAUGCAUUUGUCUUGUUCAACACCCAACAACACCAACACUAUCCAUCUCAUGAAUAACAAUUCUACUUCAACAAUUUGUAGUAAUAUUGUCACUGCAACAAGUAAUCCAAUCACAAGCAGCUGUCCAUCAACACCAAGAACAAUGGAUCAUCAGCCAAAACAACUUUUCAAACCCAAAGAUCAUCUUAACAUCUUUAUAGCGCCCUUCAGAUCAGCAUGUGAUCAAAAACAACACGAAAAUAUCGUAAACGUCAUCGGAGACGACGACGAAGAAGGUCAUGGUGAAUCACAGACCCUUGAAUUGUUUCCUCUCCGCAGCAGCAGUGACAACAACGAUGAAAAUAUUUUUUGUGACAAGGACGAAAUAGGGGCAGCUGCUAACUCGAAUAACAAUUUUAAUGGUAGCCAUUACCAGUUUUUUGAGUUCCUUCCACUCAAGAACUGAGGGAUAUCUAGAUAUGAGAAACUAGUUAUGUCUGUUUGCUAUUUAUGUAACUUAUUAAUAUUAAUGAUGGGAUUGGCUCUCCCCUAUUAUUAGCUAGCUAGCAAUUAUGUGGUUCAAUGAUGUAACGUUUCUCACAUAAAUUCAGAUGUUGAGAGCAGUUGGCCUUUUGUUUAGCCAGAAAUGUCAUUGUUCCUUUGAAUUAAUUAAUACUAAUUUUAUUCCCUUAAA